AUGGAGGCGGCUCUCGGAGCGGCGAACUGGCUCCUCGGCCAAGUCCUCAACAAGCUCUCCGACGACUGGGUGAAAGCCUACGUGUCCAGCACCGAGCUCGGCCUCAACCUUGACGAGAUCGAAAGCAAGAUGAUGUACACCAGAGGGCUGCUGGACGAGGUCCAGGGGAGGGACCUCACCAACAAACCUGGCCUGCAGGGGCUGCUCGAGAAGCUCGGCAAGAAGGCCGACGAGGCUGAGGAUGCACUCGACGAGCUACACUACUUCAUCAUCCAGGAUAAGCUGGACGGGACUCAAGAGGCCACUCCGGAUUUGGGCGGUGGCCUUGGCGCCAAAGCUCAGCAUGCCCGCCAUGCUGCUCGCCACACUUCUGGUAACUGGCUCUCAUGCUUCUCUUGUUGCCGUUCAAAUGACGAUGUUGCUGCUGCCAUGUCUCUUGACCACGGUGUCCAUGUUGAAAAGUUGCCAUUCAACCGGGUGGAAAUGUCCAACAAAAUCAAGCAGCUCAUAGAGGAGCUGCACUCUAACUGUACUCCUGUCUCUGACUUGCUCAAGAUAGUGUCAGGCAGUAACCCUCAGCCACACAUGCCUGCCUUCACUAAAAGGCCUGUCACAAGCUCUCAAAUCACACAGGAGAAAUUGUUUGGGAGGGAUGCCAUCUUUGAGAAAACUAUAGAGAUUAUCAGUGUGACACAGAGUGGUAAAACCUUGUCUGUUCUUCCUAUAGUUGGCCCAGGGGGUAUUGGAAAGACUACCUUCACCCAGCACUUAGUCAAUGACCCAAGGAUGAAGCAAUGUUUUCCUGAUAUUAAUGUCUGGAUAUGUGUAUCGACUAAUUUUGACGUGCUUAAUCUCACCAAAGAGAUCCUGAGCUGCCUACCUGCAACUGAUAAUGAAGGAAAUAAAAUAGCAAAUGGAACUACUGACAACUUAGACCAGCUUCAGAAUAAUUUUGACGUUCUUAAUCUCACCAAAGAGAUCCGGAGCUGCCUACUUGCAACUGAUAAUGAAGGAAAUAAAAUACUAAAUGAAACUAUUGCCAACUUAGACAAGCUUCAGAAAUCCAUCGCAAAGAGGUUGAAAUCCAAAAGGUUUCUACUUGUCUUGGAUGACAUAUGGGAAUGUAGCAGUACUGAAGAGUGGGAAAAACUAUUAGCUCCAUUAAAAAAGGACAAGACCAGUGGCAACAUGAUUCUUGUCACAACUCGGUUCCCAAAAAUUGUAGAAAUGGUGACAAAAGGAACUAAUCCAAUUGACCUCCGUGGUUUGGAUCCUGAUGAGUUUUGGAAAUUCUUCCAAAUAUGUGCAUUUGGUAGGAUCCAAGAUGAGCAUGGUGAUCGAGAGUUAAUUGGUAUUGCAAAACAAAUAGCAGAUAAGUUGAAAUGCUCCCCACUUGCAGCCAAAACAGUUGGUCGGUUAUUGAUCAAAAAACCCUUUCAGGAACAUUGGAUGAAAAUUCUUGACAACAAAGAGUGGCUAGAAGAAAAUCAUGACAAUGAUAUUAUCCCAGCCUUGAAAAUUAGCUAUGACUACCUUCCCUUCCAUCUGAAAAAAUGCUUUUCAUGUUUUUUCCUUUUCCCUGACGAUUAUAAGCUUGAGAAGCUUGAGAUUAUUUGUUUUUGGGAUUCAAUAGGCAUCAUAGACUGUACUAGGAAGAAUAAAAAAACCGAGGACAUAGGAUCAGAUUAUUUGGAUGAAUUAUUAGAUAAUGGUUUUCUUAUAAAAGGAGAUGAUAAUUUUUACGUAAUGCAUGAUUUACUUCAUGAUCUUUCAAGGAUCGUUUCAUUAGAAGAAUGUGCCUAUAUCAGUUGUUCUAGUUUUGACGCAAAUGAAAUCCCAAAAACUGUUCGUUACCUAUCCAUUUUCAUGCAUGAUACUCAUAUUCAGAAUUUUGAUGAAGACAUGGGUAAAUUGAAGGAAAGGAUAGACAUUAAAAAUUUGCGGAGUUUGAUGAUUUUUGGAGAAUACAGUAGGUUACGCCUAGUCAAUAUUUUAAGGGAUACAUUUAAGGAAAUAAGAGGUCUUCGUGUUCUAUCUAUAUUCAUGAACUCCCAUAGUUCCUUGCCACACAACUUUUCAAACCUUGUCCAUCUUCGGUACUUAAAACUUAUUUCGCCUAAGUACUCAAAAGUGUUAUUGCCAAACACAGUGUCUAGGUUUUAUCACUUGAAAUUUCUAGAUGUUAACCGAUGGGGAAGUAGCCGUUCUCUGCCUAAAGACAUUUGCCGCCUUAAAAAUUUACGCCAUUUUGUUGCUUCAGAAAAUUUUCAUUCCAAUGUUCCUGAGGUGGGGAAAAUGAAGUUUUUACAAGAAUUGAAAGAAUUCCAUGUCAAGAAAGAGAGUUUUGGCUUUGAGCUAGGAGAGUUGGGGAAACUAGAAGAACUUGGAGGAGUGCUCAAUAUACAUGGGCUUGAAAAUGUAAAAACCAGGCAAGAAGCUAAAGAAGCCAAACUGAUGGCAAAGAGAAAUUUAGUUGAGUUGGGAUUACUUUGGAAUGAGAAGCAAGAGUCCACUGGAGAUGAUAUCCUAGAUAGUAUCCAGCCACACUCUUAUAUUAGAAGACUUCGCAUUGUAAAUCACGGUGGUGUAGUUGGUCCUGGUUGGUUGUGCAGCAACAACUUAUACAUGAAAAACUUGGACACCCUACAUCUAGAGAGUGUGUCGUGGGCCAACCUUCCACCUAUUGGGCAGAUGUAUCACUUAAGAAAGCUAAAGCUGAAAAACAUUAUUGGGUUAUCUCAGAUUGGACCUGACUUCUUCGGUGGCACCACAGAAAAAAGUUUCACACACUUGAAGGAAGUUGAGUUUUGUGAUAUGCCGGAACUCGUGGAGUGGGUUGGGGGAGCUAACUGUCAUCUGUUCUCAAGGCUUGAAAAAAUCAGCUGCACUGAUUGUCCCAUGCUCACUACGCUGCUAUUCUCGGGUUGGCCUAUUUCUUCUACAGAAGACAACAUCAUAUGGUUCCCUAGUCUUUGUGAUCUUGACAUUGAUAGAUGCCCAAAGUUGUGCCUUCCUCCCUUGCCUCACACUUCGAAGGUAUCCCAUAUUAAGACGGAGUGCUUGUUUUAUGAUCGUACUGCGUUGAGCAUUGGGAUGCCCUAUGAAUUAUUGGCCUUCCACAAUCUUGGUGAUGUAGAAAGGUUGACAAUUCAGGAUGCAUCAUGCUUCUCAUUUAUGGAUCUUCAAAAGCUACAUUCCCUAAGAUAUAUAAAGGUCCUUAGAUGUGAGGAAAUGUUUUUGAGAGGACUGGAUGAUGGUGUCGUGCUACACACAGUCCAAUCUCUCAAACUCACACAAUUUCCUCUUACCAGAAAAUCUUUGUCAGAUUUGUUCAAAUGUUUCCCAUCUCUUUCUCGUUUGGUUGUGAUCGCAUCAUCAAAUGAGGAUCAAGAGGAAGUGGUACUGCAGUUUCCACCCUCCAGCUCGCUGAGAGUUGUCCGCUUCUUUGGGUGUAAGAAUCUGAUCCUGCCUAUGGAUGAAGAGGAAGGAGCUGGAUUCCGGGGCCUCUUGUCGCUCGAGUCCGUGGUCAUAACCCAUUGUGACAAGCUAUUCUCACGAUGGUCCAUGGGAGGAGUUGCAUUUCAGACUCAGAGCAUCAUCUACCCUCUCCCUCCGUGCCUCGAGAAACUCAGCCUUGAGGGUCAGCAAAGCACGCUGCCGAUGGCUCUGCUCGCAAAUCUCACAUCUCUUACCAGUCUACAACUAGUUAAUUGCGAGGAUAUCACAGCGGAUGGGUUCGAUCCCCUCAUCACAUCCAACCUCGAGGAUCUGUGUGUGUACAAUAACAGAGGUGGUGAGGCUGAGCCAUACUCUGUAGCAGCAGAUGUACUUGCAGCGGUGGCAAGGACCCAAACAAUGCCCGCCGGUUCCUUCCAACUGGUGAGCCUUUAUGUGGACAGCAUCUCCGCAGUGCUUGUUGCUCCCAUCUGCAGCCGCCUCUCCGCUACCCUCCGGCGCUUACACUUCAGGGCUGAUUGGCGGACGGAGAACUUCACGGAAGAGCAGGACGAGGCGCUUCAGCUCCUCACGUCUCUUCGAACCCUGUUGUUCAUUCAAUGCAGGGCUCUGCGGUCCCUCCCCCAAGGGUUGCAUCGCCUUCCUUCUCUCCAGGAAUUACGUAUCUUCAGGACUCAAAAAAUCAGAUCGCUGCCCAAGGAUGGCCUCCCCGAUUCACUGCGACAGCUAGACAUAGAUCCUUGCAGUCCCGGGAUUUAUGAGGAAUGCCAGAAAUUAAGGGGAACAAGGCCAGAUAUACUUACAUUUGCCUUCCUUCAUUCCUGA